CGAACAGACCACCAUCUUGGAGAAGAACAGUGAACAAACCUCUUUUGGUUCGCCAUAUUUAAUCCUCGUGUGGUGAAAGUUGUCACAGAAAUGUGUGAAUUUCUAAACAAGUUAUCGCGGUGUUAAUAUUAAUUUCAGUGCAAUCAUGGAUAGGGACAGUAAUGAUAGUGAUAGCCACAGCCCUUCGUCGUUAAAUAAGUCGGAUACGGAAAAGUCGUUCGUGGGUAAAUUUAAGUCGCACGUGUCUGGUAUUAUCAACAACACUCCGUUAUCGAAGUGGUUCAGAAAAAAUGACGAGAAACCGUCGAGAAGGCGCGAUGAGGAGCAUGAUGAAGAAUUGUACCAAAUGCAACCGCCCCUAAAGCGGGCCAAACUACCAUCCGCAAAUGAAAGUGUCACGUUUACCAAUCACUUCAGCGGAAACAGUUCAAGCACCCCACUGGGCAGUACCUCAGUCUCAAGGGGCACUUUCACAAAUUUCUCUGAACCAGUGGCUGGCCCAUCCGGUAUCAAAUCCAGAAAAUUACUGACAAGCUCCACAAUUUCGACUGCGACAAGUACAAGACACUCCUUUAGCGCCAGUCAGUUGCUUAAUGGCCACAAAGACUCUGACAGUGAGGAAUCUACAAGUGGUUAUUCAUCAGUGGCACGUAUCAGCAGCAAAGAACAGGUCUUUGAGAGCAGGGAGAGUUCAAAACAAACUUCGCCACUAGAAAGCAGCCCUAGCAAAUCCAGAAAUAUAUACAAUAAAAACAUGAACAACAUGAGUAGAUCGUUGUUCGCCGACAGUAGCCUCAGUCCAGGGAUGAACACGUCGGUGAGUUCGAGGCGGCCGUCGUUCAACGCGUCAGCGUUCGCGUCGCCCCAUUUUGUGGACAAAACGCUCUCAACCAAGCGCAUCUUAAACUCACCAUUCUACAACGGAAGGACAACGUACGGCGGAGCCUCGGCGUACGGACGACGUUUGGCACGCACCGCCAACGAGCCCAGUCGGCUCCUGGCCAAGAACACGGUGCAAAUAAAACCCGUAAACAAGGUUAACGAAAGUCACGUGGCAUUGGGUAAGACAGCACAGCGGAUACUGAACACGCUGGAGCAGUACAGUUCGCCGGUAAACGAUGCUAAAAAGAUCCCGAUGAUGAACAAAAGGCUGCGGUCUGAAGGGGGCAUUCUGACGAAGUACACGGGUGCGAAUCCCUACAUGGUGCGAGAUUCUAAGGCUUCUGCUAGGGAGUUGCAGGUGCCAACAGUGUCUGAUUUAUUGAAAAUGAAACAGGGCAAGGAGAGGUUGCAAGAAAGUACUGAAACAGUCAGGCAAUUGGCUGCUUCGUCCAAAUCAGCAUUAAAUGUGGAAAGUUACAAGAUUAGCACUAAGGAUAGUGAGAAACAACAGCACACAGGGAAAAUGAAGAACAAGAUUACAAAUGUAAGACAAAAGGCCCCACAGACAGAAGAGACAGUGGAAGAAAUCCCACUAGUUUCUGUUCCAUUACCAAUUACGACAUUACCGAAAAUUGAUUUUAAAAUGGCGCCUCCAUCGCCUCAAGUUCCUGCAAAAUCAAGUCCUAAAACUUUGGAAAAAGAGACAACAGCAAAACCGUCUGUAGCCAACUUUGGAGCGCAGAAAACUGCCUCCAAGUUGAUCUUUAGCGCACCAGAGACUGAAAGUAAAUCUCCUAAAGAGCAAUACGUAGAAUUUAAGUUCUCCAAACCGCAUGUCAUCGCGGAAAAUAUUAAGGCCCUUGUCGGCAUUAACAAUUACAAGUUCACUGAACCAAUUUCAAAAAAGAGCAAACUGGAUGCAGUCAGUCCUCAAUUUAACUUUAAGAUGCCAGAUAAUAAACCAUUCGUACCUCAGGUCAAGUCUACAAACAAUGGAGACUUCAACAUUAAACCAGCUCAACAGUUGAAAACUGGUAGUGUCAUGGAUGUCUUGGGACGCAAGGACCAAUCACCCAAACUAAAUUCAAGCACAGUCACCCAAAGUGAAUCUCUUUUGAACAAAUUCAAGAAGCCAGAAGGGUCUUGGGAGUGUUCAGCUUGUUUAAUCAGAAACCAACCUGACAAAGAAAAGUGUGUUGCAUGUGAAACACCAAAGGAAGGAGCCAAAGCUAAGACCGCUUCCACUGGUUUUGGCAGCAUGUUUAAUACGACAAACAAAUGGGAAUGUGAUGCAUGUUUGGUUAAAAACAACGAGACGGAUAAGGCGUGCGUCGCCUGCACGACUCCAAGACCCGCCCCUACCUCCACUUCCAACACGAGUCUGGCCGAUAAAUUUAAACCCACCAGUGACACGUGGGAAUGCGACUCCUGUUUGAUUAGGAACAAGAAAGACGCGACAAAAUGCAUAGCAUGUGAGACACCAAAACCAGGAGCUAAAGUUCCGCCCCCUACCACUUCAACCUUUGGUUUAUCGGGCAUGUUCAAUAAACCAAUGGGCACCUGGGAAUGCAGCUCUUGUCUAAUCCAAAACAAAAGCAGCUUGAACAAGUGUGCGGCCUGCGAGGCCAGUAAGCCUGGUGCUGCACCAGCUAUUCCAAACCAAUUUGGUGACAAAUUCAAGAAGAAGGAUACUGAAUGGGAAUGUGAGGUGUGCAUGGUGAAAAACAAUUCAUCAUUGACCAAAUGUCAGUGCUGCGAAACUCCUAAUCCGAAAUCUGUAUCAAGCGCGCCAGUUCCAGCUGCCGCACAGAGUAAACCCAUCAGUUCAUUUAAUUUUGGCAUCGAUAAGAGCGUCAGCCAACAAUUUAGUUUCGGCAUACCUCCCGCCGCCAAACCAGACACUUCAUCUUCUGGUCCCAGCUUGGCCUCCUCGGUAUUCGGCGAAGCAGCCAAAGCAGCAACGACGUCGCCUGCAGCCUUCAGUUUCGGUGUACCGGCCCCUGCAAGCAACAAAAUUAUUGAAGAACCUGCAAAAACAAGUGAAAAGCCAUCAGUUGUUGCACCUACGGCUGAAAAAGCUGCUGAACCAUCGGAGCCUCCCGCGAAGAAGCCGGAGCCGACAAGUACCACGCCAGCUUUCUCCUUUGGCACCCCUAAGAAGUCGGAUGUUCCGACAACUGAAGCAAAGUCCACCUUCGAUUUUAAGCCGGCUGCCGUUAAUGGCGAUUUAAAUAAGAGCGGAAGCAGUUUGUUUGGCGCGAAAUCAGCCGACAGUCCUAAACCAGCGACUUUCGGUAAUUUGUCAUCGACUGCACCAGCUACAUCGACGACGGGAGGCUUCAAUUUUGGUGCCUCUAAACCUGCCACAGAACCUUCAACGACUCCCGCAUCAGCUAGUCAACCAGAGGCGGCGCCUAAACCUGCAUUAUUCCAAUUCGGGUCCGGCGCCUCUGCACAACCGGCCUCAAACACCAGCUCGUUAUUCGGUGCUUCACCAAAGACAAACGGAUUCGGCACACCGUCAUCUACAUCUUUUAACAGUUCAAGCACUUCCAACUUUGGCGCCACCCCAUCGUUUGCGGCCAAUUCGAAAACAUUCGCGUCUAACUCGAAACCGUUCGCCUUCGGAGGUAGCGGCGCGACAACGGGCGACAACAAUUCGGACAGCUCGAAAACAGCUCCUCUGUUUUCAUUCGGCCAGUCAGCGCCGGCCCCGGCUGCUGCCCAACCCCCGACACCCGCUUCGGGCGGUUUCAAUUUUGGUCAGCCCGCCACUCCGGCACCGGGCACUUUCAGCUUUGGCGCUGCUGCGAAAAACGACGCGACCGCGGCGCCUGUCUUUGGCGCAUCCACGGCGGUCAAGAACGGCACGACGUUCAACUUUGGCUCUAACGCCAACAACAAUAACCAGAAGGCGGGUUUCAGUUUCGGAGCUGCCAACAACGCGCCACCGGCUGCCCCUGCCGCAGCUCCGGUUUUCGGUGGAUUCAACUUCAAUGCGGCGCCGGCCGUUCCCGCACAAGGGUCUUUCAAUUUCUCGGGAGCUGCCGCCACACCGAACACCUUUAGUUUCAAGGCAGAGGAACAGCAACCCCCCGUCAAUAUAUUCUCGGUGCCUCCACAGAACGGACCCAGAAAGAUAAAGAAGGCUCUAAGACGCGCACAGCGAUAGUUUAAUUGGACUUGUACAUAGAGAGUGAAUGGGGAGUGUGUAGGAGGCGCGGCGUGCCGAUACGAAACUGUUUGUUUGUAACAAGUUGUGUGUGAGUGCGCUAAACUUUAUAAUUUACUCUCAAUUAUUGUAUGGAUAUGAUAGAGGUAAUGUUUUUAAGGAAGUUGUACCGAUAUUAAAAGUGACAUAAAAAAACAAGGGAUUUUUUUCAGACCUAUAGAUGUUAGAUAGGCAUUAAUAUACAUUUUGGGGCGCGGGCCAUCUGUGAAGAUUUGGACUUGCCAGACAUUCGACUUUUCGAAACUCAAUGUAAUAUAAACUGUUGUUAAUAUUUUAGAAUUUAUAUAUGUAUAUAAAUAAUAUACACCAUAUCUGAAUGUCGGCCGAUUGAGUCAUAGGAAUGUUCACAGACGUGCCUCGACGCACUACGACCUGAGACAUGUCGUAUCCCGUCGUCUUACUAUUAUCUACCUACAUUGUAUACAAUAAUGUAGGCAUGUUCGCAGGUCUGAUCCAUAGAAUGUAGGAACUUGAUUCAGAUGAAUGUGUCUGAUGGUGAGGAAUUUUCAUAGAGCACUGCGUGCAUAUGGUGGAAAUUUAUUAGAAAAUGUUGUAAUAUGAAAUUUUCAAGCCAAUGAUAAUGAAAAAAUACAUAUAAUAUUUAUAUGAUGACUGCCUCGUCGGCUGCUUUUACUGUGAUAUUCUUAUGGGUCAGGCCCCAUACAUUAUAUUAAUAUUAAUACACUUAUAUGGUUAUUAAUACUAUCCACAGACAAAAAUAUAAUUGCUCAAAACACUACAGUUCAAACUUAUUUCCUAUAAUAAAUAUUAUGCGUAAGUGAUAAUUUUGAUAAUCUCGCAUAGUCAAAUAAUAAAAAAAAAUUUCUCAAUUCACGUUACUCAGUAAUUAAACCCAACGCAUUUAUAGACGAUUGAAAUAUUCCUGUUAUUAGUCAAAAGAAAAAGAACAUUUCAUUAUUGCAGUGCAAUAACUAAAUUUUCUAAGGGAAGCAGUUGUAAUGUUUUGUCUGUGGCCACCAAAUAUUGCAAAGUAGGCUCACUCCUUAGUUCCUUGAAACUCAUUAUCAUUAUAGUCCUAUUCUCUGGUUUAAUUACGUUAUGGAAAUUGUUUUGGACUUGUUGAUUACCGUUUUUCUUUGACACUGCUAUUUAUAACAUUAGAAAAGAGAAUAUGAUUAUGUGUGAAUACAUGUAAAUAUUAUUGUGUUGUGAUUGAAGUGAAAAACAAUGUCACAUGUUUUGUAACUAUGUUUUAUAUGUGGUAUUGUCGGUCAUUUUAUUUGUGUAAUAUUAAUUAAAUCAAUUUGUAAGCCAAACUUAUUAUUUUUUAUAACUAAAAAGGAGUUAGACUGCUUCCUUGUACAUAAUCUCAUCUAAUGGAUAUACUUGCUGAAAAUUUCGUUUCAUUUAAUUAAAUAUUUUAGCAGUAAUUUUUCUACAAAUUUGUUUUAAAAUAGGUAAUGGAAUUUUCAGCAUUUUUGUGCCUUUUUAUUUUUUUAUUUAUAUUGUUUUAUUUACUACAGUCGCAAACUUGGCCUACUAAAUAAUUAAAUCUCUCUUGGACAAAAUUUGUUUGUUUAUACCUGAUGAAUUGGCGUUAAUGUUGUAUAUUUAUAUUAAUUCCAUUCAGUUGAGAAAUCUGUUUUGAUUUUUAUGCCAAGUACUGUUAAACUUGUUUUGGUUAAUAAAAGUAAUUAGUUAAGACA